AUGAACACCUACCCAUCACCUCGAACCCCUGGAUCCACUCCCGUCUCCGACUGGGAGUACUCUCGAAUGUCUUCGGCAACGCCCACGCCCUCGCCGAGGCCGAACUGGAUCGAUGCCCAGACGCCUCGGCGGCCGGCCACCCGCGCUGCGCACUCGAGGGGUAGCAGCUACUCGCACUCGGCAGCCUUCAGCCCCCGUCCGCCUCGCGACUCCCCGCGAUACAACAGUUCCGGCGAGUAUGCCACGGUUGAUGUGAGUUAUCAAGAUUUCUUGUCUUCGCCGUCUUCUUCGUCGGAGCACUUCUUCCAACACUCCACCCCCACCGUCGCCAACAAGCGCCGCGAACGUCGCACCUCGUACUCUCAUGGCCAUCGCCAUGCGCGGACUCCUACUCCCCAUGGAGAAUCCGACGAGGAUGAAAUCAUCGAGGCCAUGGGUCGGACCUUUGUCCUACCCGCCGCCGCCGCCGUCUCUGCCGCCGAAGCUUCCCACUCACGAGGGGGCCGAGGCCGCAGGGCCAGCGUGGCGGCGCCGGGUUCUGGAGAAGGCGCCGGCGGCGGUGUCCCGACUUGGCAGAAGCAGCAGCAGCAGCAGCAGCAUCUUCAUCACCACCACCACCGUAGCCGUCGCCACGAUGACUACUACGAUGCACCAACUUCUCCAACAACGGGCUACCAUGGGGUACGGUACACUAAUCUCGGCGGCUCCUCGCAGGACGCACCCUACUAUGGCGCCAACGCCCGCACCCCAGACGACUCCGCCAUCUACAGCCGAGCCCCUUCGUAUGACGUCCCCCGCCCCAUGGCCCAGCCCCGUCCGCCGACGAGCCUCGCCCACUCCCGCCGCGCGUCGGCCUCGACCUCGGUGCCCCAGAGGCCGUCGACCGUCCGCCCCACCGCGAUGAAGCAGCCCACGCCCCCGCGCAUGGUCAAGCCGCCACCGCCGCCCAAGGCCACCGAGGAGGACGCCGCCCGGCACAAGAUCCCGCCCGGAUUCUCUCUCAAGAACUGGGACCCGCGCGAGGAGCCCAUCCUCCUGCUGGGGAGCGUCUUCGACGCCAACAGCCUAGGCAGGUGGAUCUACGACUGGACCGUCUACAAGGUCGGCUCCCGCGAGCCCCUGGCCGACCUGGCUGGCGACCUGUGGCUCCUCCUGCUCGAGCUGACGGAGAAGACGAACAGGCUGAUGCAGACCGGCCUCCGCACCCGCUCCAAGGAGAAGCGCGCCCUCGUGGUCGAGUACCUCGACUCGAGCGAGCGUCUCAUGAGCACCUUCCGCCUCCUUCUCAAGAACUGCGAGGCCCCCAUGCUCAAGGCCUGCAAGAAGAAGCAGACGGCCCUGGGCAAGAACUCGGGCAUCGAGUUCGUCGAUACCCUGUUCGGCAGGGACCGCGAGCUGAUCCGCACCGAGAAGUUCAUGCAGAAGGUCAGGACGUGGGGCAUGCGCUUCGACGCGAACCUGACGUCCAUUCUGGACAACCCCACGGCCUAG